AUGUCUUCUCCACCUAAAAGAGAGUUUAAAUCUCCAAUCUCGCCCCGCACUGCGGCCCGCUUGAACGGUCUAUUCAAAGAGAACGCUUGGCACUGCAAUUGCCCAACCCGAGAGCGAGCUAUCAGGUUUCAAGUGAAGAAGGAAGGACCAAACCGGGGAAGAUGGUUCUAUACAUGUCAAAAACCGCAGAACCAACGCUGCGGAUUCUUCCUAUGGAGCGAAGAUGGCGAGCAACGAGAGAAACAAGUUCUCAUGGCCAACGCCGACUCUGAACUUGACCCUCGGACUCAAGCCCCAUCUACUCCAACGAAGUUAACACAAUACUCAAACGGGCUACUCACCCCCCAAACCGAGCGCAGAAUCAUCGACAUCCCACCACGCCAGUCCGCCUCCAAGCCCACCCCCACCUCUUCAAUGACUCCGAAAGCUCGCAUGAUGGCCGAAGACACCGACGAGUUUAGCUGGGACGUAGACUCAGACGACAACGCCGAACUUGCACAAGCAAGCCAGUGCGCUGAAGAAUCCUUCGUCUCGCAACCUAACUUCCAUGCCGGCUCCCCGUCCAAAGCACCCCGCACCCCGAGAAACACGUCCCCAGGGAAGCGCAAGCUAUUCGACCAUGCAGAUGACCAGCCAAAUUCUGCCCACACCUCUCCUUUCCUUGCAACGCCUAGCUCACCGUUCUCAUCUAGGAUUCCACCCUCCUCGGCUGAGCUAUGCAUGACACCCACUCCGAAGAAAUACCGUGAUGCCGAUGUCCUCGGUGCGGACUCCCGAUCCGAGGUUUCGGAUCUGGCGAAGGAACUAAUGGCGAUUUUCGAUAAACACGAGGUGGUCAUUCCGAAUGGGGCGAGGGAUGAGGUGAUUUCACGGAUUAAUCUUGAAGGUUUAAAGUUGAAAGGUGUGGUUCGUGCAAGGGAUAUGCUGAGGGAGGCGAUUAAGAAGAAGGAUAAAGAGAUUGUGGAGCUGAAGGAGAGGAACACGAACUUGAAGGCUCAAAGUGAAAUGGACCAAAGCAUGAUCAGUUCCUUCAAACGCUGA